CUCGGAGGAGGAAAAUUUAUCUAAGGUAGAAUAGACGCCCUGCAUGAUAUAGUGAGUGUGCCUACUUCUUGUUUCGCUUUUGCUGGACUUAAUACUUUGAUUUAAGUCUUCGAAUGAAGAAUACGAGUGACGAUACGAUAUUCCGAUACGACCACACCAUGCCGGACUUGCUCGUGGUCUAUAAUCAUUUACAUCAGGGUUACAACUUUUAUAACUAUAUUAAGUCUUCGAAAAAAUGGCUUCCCACAUCAACCCCUUCAAGUUUCUCCUCUCAACAUUGAAGAAUUCCUUGUUGUGCGAUUUAUGGUCAGCUUUUUUCCAUCAUUCUCGGCAUCUUGGUCCCCUUUUCCCUUGCAUUCUCGUGAAAUACAAGGUAAAAGGGGUCAAGAUGAGGGGGCCGAGGUGCAAUCUAGCAGACUCUAAUCGAUUCUGCGACUGCUACGGCCCCACCUGUGUAUGAUGCUUUUCGAAGUUUCUCG